CUGUGCCCAGUGCCGUGUUGGUGAGAGAACCCAAACCCGGGCAGGGCUGGCACCUGCCCCGAGGGACUCCUCGCACGGACGGGGAUUUUUACUGGGAGCACGGGAGUUUUCCUCUGUGUCAUCCUGGGCGAAACUUGAUGCCAGUGGAUGUGGGUACAAAGUGUUCUGCGUUUUACAAACAGCUCUUUGUCACGAGUUGAAUCUGCAAAGCUCUCCCUGGCGACGUGUGGAAGGCUCUGGUGGCCGCAGACAUAACACAGCGUGGACAGGAGGCUGCGUUCCCCCUCUGCAUUGUAGAGUUAUGUUUCACACUAUGUGCUGACUGUCUGUACUUACAGAAGAUAUUUAAAAACAAACAGACUUUUUUUUCCCAAGAUUUUGAUUCCAGUGGAAUCUGCGCUUUAGAUUUUUGUCUCGUCAAUUAACUCCUGAAGCGAUGCCUGUACAAGCUCCACAAUGGACGGAUUUUCUCUCCUGCCCCAUUUGCACACAGACUUUCGACGAAACCAUCCGCAAGCCCAUCAGCUUGGGUUGUGGCCACACCGUCUGCAAGAUGUGCCUCAACAAGCUCCACCGUAAGGCAUGUCCCUUCGACCAGACCACUAUCAACACAGACAUCGAGCUCCUCCCCGUCAACUCGGCCCUGCUGCAGCUCGUGGGUGCUCAGGUUCCUGAGCAGCAGCCGAUUACUCUAUGCAGUGGAGCUGAAGACACCAAGCAUUAUGAGGAGGGCAAGAAAUGUGUGGAGGAACUGGCAUUGUACCUCAAACCACUCAGCAGUGCCAGAGGUGUGGGUCUCAACAGUACCACUCAGAGCGUGCUGAGUCGUCCCAUGCAGAGGAAACUUGUGACACUGGUGCACUGCCAGCUGGUGGAGGAGGAGGGGCGGAUCAGAGCCAUGCGAGCGGCGCGGUCGCUGGGCGAGAGAACGGUCACAGAGCUCAUCCUGCAGCACCAGAACCCCCAGCAGCUCUCUUCCAACCUCUGGGCUGCAGUGAGGGCCAGGGGCUGCCAGUUCCUGGGGCCAGCGAUGCAAGAGGAGGCUUUAAAGCUGGUCCUGCUGGCUCUGGAAGAUGGAUCUGCUCUGUCACGAAAGGUCUUGGUUCUCUUUGUGGUGCAGAGGCUGGAGCCCCGAUUCCCUCAGGCUUCCAAAACUAGCAUUGGGCACGUUGUCCAGCUCCUCUACAGGGCCUCCUGCUUCAAGGUGACAAAGCGAGACGAGGAUUCCUCCCUGAUGCAGCUGAAGGAGGAGUUCCGGACAUAUGAGGCCCUGCGGCGGGAGCACGACUCGCAGAUCGUGCAGAUAGCCAUGGAGGCGGGGCUGCGCAUCGCCCCCGACCAGUGGUCCUCGCUCCUCUACGGGGACCAGUCCCACAAAUCCCACAUGCAGAGCAUCAUCGACAAGUUGCAGACCCCGGCCUCGUUUGCACAGAGUGUUCAGGAAUUAACUAUUGCUCUGCAGAGGACUGGAGAUCCAGCGAACCUGAACCGGCUGCGACCUCACCUGGAGCUCCUGGCAAACAUUGACCCCAGUCCAGAUGCUCCACCUCCGACAUGGGAACAACUGGAAAAUGGACUGGUUGCUGUGAGGACUGUGGUUCAUGGCUUGGUUGAUUAUAUUCAAAAUCACAGCAAAAAAGGAACAGAUCAACAACAGCCCCCUCAGCACAGCAAGUACAAGACGUACAUGUGCCGGGACAUGAAGCAGAGAGGAGGAUGUCCCCGGGGGGCCAGCUGCACCUUUGCACACUCCCAGGAGGAGCUGGAAAAAUUCCGUAAAAUGAACAAGCGUCUGGUUCCCAGAAGACCCCUGAGUGCCUCCCUGGGCCAGCUGAACGAGGUGGGGCUGCCUUCAGGAGCUAUCCUCUCAGAGGAAGGGGGAGUGGACUUGCCCAGUAGGAAAACCUCUGCCCUGCCCAAUGGAAUUGUGUCAACAGGCAGCGCGGUGACACAGCUCAUCUCUCGAGGGACUGACUCGGGCUAUGACGCCGCUCUGAAGCCGGGCAAGAUGGACCAUCUGAGUAGCAGCGCCCCCGGAUCCCCUCCUGACUUGCUGGAAUCUGUCCCCAAGAGCUCUAUUUCUGCCUUACCAGUGAACCCUCAUCCUGUGCCCCCUCGGGCCCCAGCAGAUCUGCCCUCGGUGUCUGUCACCAAGCAGUUGCAGAUGGUACCACGAGGGUCUCCGCUGUACAGUGCUCAACAAGCAGAUAUGUUUUAUCAGGACCCCAGAGGAGCUGCCCCACCGUUUGAGCCAGCGCCCUAUCAACAAGGCGUGUACUACCCCACGCAGUCCAUGUCCCGCUUCGUGCGGCCGCCUCCCUCUGCGCCCGAGGCGGGCGCUCCGUACCUGGAGCCGUACGCGCCGUACCUGCCGGAGCGCGUGGUGAGCCCGCAGUACCCGCAGCAGUACCCGCCACUGGCGCCGCCGCUGUACCCCCCGCACUACGACAGCCGCCGCGUGUACCCGCCCGUGCCGCCCUACCAGCGCGACGACGUGGUGCGCGGCAGCCCCGUGCCCAUCGACAUCCCGCCCGCCGCCGUCGCCCCCUACGUGCCCGAGGCCAGAGACAGAUACCAGCAGGCAGAGGCCUAUUGCCCCGUGGCUCCGCACCUCGGCCAGAUCAGACCCUCCUGCCACAGGCCUCAUCCCAGCCUGGAUGAACUUCACCGACGAAGGAAAGAGAUCAUGGCCCAGCUGGAGGAGAGGAAGGUGAUUUCUCCUCCUCCUUUUGCACCGUCACCAACCUUGCCUCAUCCUUUCCACUCAGAGGAGGUGUUUGUUUUUGUACAGUACUUGGAUGAAGACCUGAAGGUGGCUGGGAAAUACAAAGGAAAUGACUACAGCCAGUACUCCCCCUGGUCCUGUGACACCAUCGGCUCCUACAUCGGAACCAAAGAUGCAAAACCCAAAGAUGUGGUGGCGGCGAGGAGCGUGGACAUGGCGAACGUGGACAGCAAAGCCCUGCGCGAGCAGCGGCUGGACCUGCAGCGCCGGGCGGCCGAGGCUGGCGACGACGACCUCAUCCCCUUCGGAGACCGGCCCACGGUGUCGCGCUUCGGGGCCAUCUCCCGCACGUCCAAAGCCAUGUACCAGAGCUCGGGGCCCAUGCAGGCCAUGGCGGUUCAGGGAGCGGCCACCAAACCCAUCAUUUCAGACUACAGUCCUUAUGGAACUCAUGGUGGCUGGGGAGGCUCUCCAUAUUCUCCUCAUCAAAAUAUACCUUCUCAGGGACGUUUCAAUGACAGGGAGAGGCUGUCCAUGCCGGACAUGGCUGGUCACGGGAAGCAGUUGCCCUCGGCUGAGCGGGAGCAGCAGCUGCGCAUGGAGCUGCAGCAGGUGGACCAUCAGAUCAGCCAGCAGACACAAAUGCGGGGACUGGAGAGGGAGGCGACUACCCUGGCAGGCCAACCACAGCCCCCACCCCCGCCUCCCAAGUGGCCUGGGAUGAUCUCAAGUGAACAGCUGAGCUUGGAGCUACACCAGGUGGAAAGGGAAAUUGGGAAGAGAACCCGUGAGCUGAGCAUGGAGAGCCAGUCUUCACUGGAUAUGAAAAACAAACUGGGCACCACUAAACAGACAGAAAAUGGACAAUUAGAGCCACAAAGCAAGGUUCCAGCUGAGGACCUCGCACUGACAUUCAGUGAUGUUCCCAACGGAUCGGCUUUGACCCAAGACAACAUCGGCCUCCUGUCAAACAAGGCGGCGUCUCUGAGCCUGUCAGAGGACCCUGAGGGAGGAGGGGACGGCCACGACUCCCAGCGAGCGGGAGUGACCCCCACGUCUGCUCCGUGAAGCCAGGCCGGCUCACCCCGAGCUCCUCCUGCUGGGGUGGCAGCGCGUUGUUUUCCAGGGGGGAUCGGAGAAAGCCGGGAGCAGCAGCAGUAGCAGAGCAGCAGGUCCAGAGGCAAUGUGCACAAACACAACUACUAGAAACAAAUCCUGCACAUAGUUCACAUUAACGCAUUUUUUAAUUAAAAAAAAAAAUGAAAAUUAGCAGUAUCUGCAAGCAAUUCAAAUUAAAUUUGUUUUUGUUCUGUGAAUGAACUUUAUUUUAAUAACUUUGGACGCCUUGAAUCCCAGGGCUUAAAAAAAAAAAAGAUAUUAUAUAUAUACUCUGUUUGAUUAAUUGUAUGAUCUUAAUGAAGUAGGUUUUUUCUUUUAUUUUGGUAUUAUUACAUACCCAGUGCGUAAUUCCUUAUCACCUUAAUUUCUCCAUGACUAAAACAGCCUGGCCGCUUCCUUGUGUGGUUAAAGAGUAAACAAGGAAUGAGGGUUGGAGAGUAGCUGUGAAAUUGCAGUGUCAAAAGAUGUGCAGCAUUUUCAUAACACAGCUCCUCCCGUUGUGGCCAGGAGCUGAACCCCAGCUUCUUGCUUAAAUCGUUGAAUUCAAGCUACAAGUGACACAAUCCUUGCAAUUCAGCAGGUUUUUGCAAGCUGGCGUUGUUUAAGGUCUGUGUGUGUUAGAAUUUGGCACCAGAGAGUCAGCCUGCAGCUUGUCUGUCAGUGCUGCAGUGAAUCCUUCCUGGAUUCUCCUUUCCUAAGGAAAAAGUUGCAUCCAAAUGACCUCUGAAGGUGCAGCACAGAUGCUGCCAGAAGUACUGAGAAGCAAAUUUGCUUGAUAGAUCUACUGCUUCCCAAGUAGAUGCUUUGUAAGCAUAAGUUGGAGAAGCCAUAAACCUUUUUUGAUGUUUUCUUUAAAAGAUAAAUGAAUUAUUUUAUUCUUGCUGCACGUUUUUUGACUGCUUUGACAUACCCUGGGGUGAGACCCUGGAUACGAAGAACCCUGGAGAAGGAUGUUUGAGUGCUGCUCCCUCUGCACCUUCUUGGCCCGUGUUCUCAUUUUUAAUUUUUGUGGCUUAGACUACUAAAUGGGAAAGCACUGGUUAUGUAAUAAAUUACUGCAUUGCUUUGGUUGGGUAAAGCAAGAGUUAUUGAAUUUUCUUGGGUUUUAGUUUUUUUCCUUAACCUUAACUCCUGCUGAGGUCAUAGCAACCUUGGGCUAAGCUUUGCAUUCAUCAUACUGUUUAAAUAAAACAAAAGGGGGGGUGGGAGGGGAUACAGUCCCACUAUUGCCUACCAGUAGGAGAGUCCAAACAGAAGACUCUUUUGAGUAGCAAUUAUUUAAUUUGCCCAGUCAAGGCACCGCGUUUAUAUACUAUUUCACAUUGAAUUUGAUUAUGCCCUACAGACCUGGCUGGUCAAGGAUUUGAUACACAUAUUGGCUUGGGAUUCGAGCUUUCUUUUUUAUUUAAAUAAAAAUUUAUAUAUAAAUAUAUAUAUACAUAUAUACAUAGUUAUAUCUGUAUAUAUAUUGGGUAUGUUUUAAGAAUUUUUUCGCAUGAGCGCAGCUGUUGUGAUCAAAUGUCCGGGAGGUAGAAGCACUGAAUGAAAAUAAAGGCAUUUUUCAGCUCACACCCCCACACUCUCCAGAUGUCUUCACAUGGGUUUAUUUCGCUCUUAGUUGAACUUCGGCCUCUUCAUUGCCAAGGGUAGUUUGAGACUUGCUUUCUUUUCUAACCCUCAAAGAAUCCUCUUUGCGCUGGGGCAGCGUCACCCGCAGCGUGUCCCACACAGCCAGCCGGAGCCUGAGCGUUCCAGCCGCUCUCCUGGAGCCCAGCAGGGCCGGGGGGAUCCAGGAGUUUGUUCCUCCCUUCUCUGCUCUGCCCAGGAGGAUGAUGGUGUUUCCCUGCCUGCUCCCAACUCACCUGGCACAGGCAGCCUGCCCUCUCCUGCCAUCCUUUAGUGCACAGCACCACCCUCAGGUUUCCUUGGUCUUAAUUCGUUCAGUCCUUCCUGCUGUGUCUUUAUUAACACAGGGAGCUCACCUUAGCUGAGAUAAUUAGUGCAAUAUUCUAAUCUAGGAGGACAAGAAUGUUCCUUUUUUUAACUGCAGUAAUUGUGGAUGUAAAAUUAGUUUUCAAAGACGGUUACAAUAGGUUUGAUUCCAAGAUAUUCACUUGCAACACUAGGAAGAAAAUCUGGAGGACGAAAACCUUUUUACCUCUUAUUUAACCAAUUCUCUUGUCAGGUUAGGGUUUAUUUCCUUCUCCACUUCUUCUGCUGGGAGGAAUUCUGCAGUAAGAGCUGUUCAGAUUGCUGGCCUACAUAGGGUGAAUGCUUCCAAAACUUGGGGAUUAGAAAGGAGACCUUACUGUUGUUGGGGUUUUUUCCCCCCUUCAUCCAACUCUCUGUGCUGUACUUUGUGCAUAGUGUCCUUGCUGUGAUCAGUGUGUCCAGGUGAAUGCCCUGUUUGCCCAGAAUUAUAGUUUGGCUUGUUAAAUAAUGUGUUUAAUAUCUACUAACAGUAUUGAUUUUUAGCUUUGGUUCUUCCCCUCCUCCUCUUAUCCUUUCUUUUUAAUUUUUGCAGAAGUUCAGUUGAUCAAACAAGUUGAACAGCAAAGUGCAGUGCAUGCUUUUUAAGUCUUUUUCUGAAAACUGCACAUGAAAUAUUCCCUUUUUGUGGAAAAACUAGGAGAACUCGGAGGACAGAGAGCUCUACGUGCAGUUGGCAGCACUGAUGGUUACAACAAGUAAGCAGGGAGUGAAAAUGUCUGGAGUGACUCUAUCCUGGUACACUCAUUGCCAUGGCCCAUCACUGUCCCAGCUGUACAGGAACGCUGCCCACCUCUGUGAGAUUGCUCCUGGCUGCAGAUUGCUUUAGUUCCUUCUGCCUGGGUGAGAAGCAGUAGUAUUAAUUACCAUGGUGUCAGGGCACUGCUGCCUCCUUUGGGAUGUAGAUGGAAUUUCCUACUGCACCAGGCAACUCUGAACCCUCACUGAUACCCCGGCUCCAGCCCCAGCACGGACAGAGCCCCCAGAAUAGAAGGCUUCAAGGGGAAGGUUGAGCUUCAGGGUGUCAGUGAUUCAGUCAGUGUAGAAAUGUCUGUUUAUUCUGUAAUGCUACUUCCCUCCUGUCAACAUCUCUUCCUCUCCUGUGACCUAGUUCUGAUUUCUUAAUAGGAGAAAUUUAAACUGUUUGUCCUGCCCCUCUUGCGUGCUGUCCCAUUUCAGAGUAGGACUUUUCUCUAGAUCAGACCACUUUUCAAGCUUGCAGCUCAGUUAUCCCCUUCCUUCUCAACUUCUUCUCUGUCUUGGUUUUUUUCUGAGCCUUCUCUCCCUUUUUCUUUUCCCUCCUCUCCUCCCGUGGCUUGCCCAUCCACCCUCCCUGAUUGUGUAACAGUGACAGCUUGCUGCCUCAAAACAGAGCAUUCAAAUGAAUUCGCUUAGCCAAUAACUUCUGUGAAGUUGCCUUUUCUAAUGGUGUUAUUACUCAGUGAUGCACAAAUGUGAUAUUGCCCCUACUGGUAGGCAAACGGGGGAUCUGUAUAAACAUGGUAAACUGCUGUUUUCUUUAAAGGAGAGCCAAAGACUUGUGCUUUACACUUUUUUUUUUUCCUUUCCCCUGGUGUAGCCGUUUUGAUUGUCAAGCGUUUGUAGGGUAUUGUGAGUUGACUGUAUUAUCCUAAUAACUAUUUCCAGAAGUUAAUGAUUGUCAAGCCUUGCCCAUGCAUUGAAUUGUGGAAAAUCAUUCCAUUGAGUCAUACAGUUUGCAAUGUACUGAGAUGUAUCUGGGGUGUUGUGACGUGUUCUCAGUCUCUCAUGCAGUCUCUCAGCUGAUGGAAUGGCUCUUUUAGAGAGGGAGAAGGAACAUAGAAAUCUCAUAAUCCAAGAAGCCUUGUCUUUAAUGUUUUAAAUCUAAAUUGAAUACCGAUGGAAAAUCUCUUCAGUUACAUUAAAAGGUAAAUGUGUGUUACAAAUGUGACUGACUUUUAAGCCUAUUGGAACUGGAAAGACUUGUCAAACUCCAGCAUUACAUUAAAUUAGAUGUGGAAGAACCAAACUUGGAUGGUCAUAUUGUCUCUUGACAGCACAAACUGAGUAAGGUGGGGCAGAUUCUGUCCUAGAAAGGGCCAGGAGUGAGGCUUUUAUUGAUAACACAAUAAAGCCACUUGCAUUUCCCUUCCUUGAUAUUCUCAAACUCUUGCAGGCUUGGUACCAAGGUUUUUAGGUUCAGAGAGAAAUCUUUUGAGUCCAAGCAGCACAAACCCUCAUUUCCAUUGCCAUUUAUAAAUCUGGGCCAUAACAAAGUAGACUUACAGGACAGUUAUCUGAAGAACCCCAAUGAAAAAUAUCUUUGCUGGACUGAAAAAAAAAAAAAAAAAAAAAACACCAACAACAACCCAGGAAGCAGAAGCUGUUGAGUUGUGUACAUGGUCAUGUAGGCAGGAACUGGAAAAGCAUCUGCCUCGCUUGAGAAAGUGUAAACUGAAUUUCUGAGGGAAGGGAAGCAGAUCUCCUGAGCCACCUUUAGGGUACAGCCUUGCUACCGAGAGUUGGGUGGUUGUUGCUUGUAAAUCAACAUCCAGGUUAUUUUGUAGCACAAAUUGAUUUGCUCUCACAUCAAGUAGACACUGAAAUGUCAAAAACUUCAUUGGGGGUUCUCUUUUCCACAGUCAAGUGUUACCAACUGCACUAUUUUCUGUUGGAAUAGCAGUGGAUGAAAGAGGCUGGAGUUAAGUUAGUUCAACUUAUACUGUAUAAGUAAGGAAUUUUGGGGAAUGUUAUUCCAGUUCAGUGUCCUUCCACAGUUAAAAUGUGGUCCUUCUUCUUCUGUAGGAAGAGGAAUGUAAUGGCUUAGUGUUGUCACAGCAUCCAAGGCACUUCUUGUGCUGCAGGGAGAGCUUAAUUAGCAGGGAAAGGAGAACAAACUCAAUGCUUAUUUUGUUUAUAAUCUAAUUUCCUAAUGGCAAGUGUGAUACCAUGUCGUGGGAAGUCUGUGAACACUGAUAGGCAAAGAGGCUGCAGCUUUUCCUGAAAUUUCCCAGUCAGACAAGCACGUGGCAAUGUGGAUUUGUCUGAACAUCCCAGUCAUUUGAAGCUUAAAAUAUGUGGCCAUAAUGUUCAGAAUUGGAUGCCUGUAGCUUAGAAACAGGGAUAAUUAACUGAUCCAUCCCAGGCAAUCUUUGCCAUUCCAGUGAGUCUGUGUAUGAUUUGAGUGCCAGCUGCCAGGUGUUCAGCAGUUUGGGAAGGGUUUUAGGUGACUAGGGACAUCCAGCAAGGCAGCUUUCCUUGGAUAUACCAGUUGGAUGUUUUCAUGUGCCAGGAAACAACUGAUUCUGAGAUCUGAAGAGCUUUAGGAAAACACAAUUACCAACUCCAGUUUGAAACAUGCAGUGUUGGGAGAGAUGGAAGCAACAGGUGGUGCAGUGUCUCUGGAAAUAAAAAGCAUUAUACGUGGUGAAAUUACAUGUGAAAUGUAUAUGGGGAAAAUAUAUCUGUAAGCAAAAAAAAGAAAAAGAAAAUCUUGUGGAAUAUUUGAUGUUUAAGACAUUAUUUGCUUCUUUGUAAUGUUAAAGAUAACUGAUUAACAGUUCUGUGGCAGACAGUGCUCACAAGUCUUUGGCAUCCAAACCAGCUUGUGUAUUGGAUGGAUCCCACAACUGGAUGUGUGUGCUGACCUCUUUAUUUGUAGCUUUUUAAAAAGAAACUUGGCAGCAGCCUUUUAUAAACGUGUGAGGCAACCUGAGAGAGCGGAGGGGCAGCCCCUGUGCCCCCCCAGCUGCUGCACAGCUCGUGACAGGACCAUUCACCUGCAGCCUCUCGCCAGCGGGGCUGCCCCACCUGGGCAAAUCCAAUGGUUUUUAAGAGUUUUUUUUCCUGAUUUUAAGGAGUUCCCAUUCCCCCUUUGGCCUCUGCUUGCUGUGUAAGCAGCCUCCAUGCUAAAAGGAGCUUUCCUCGAAGUCAGCUUAGCCACUGUGCCGUAGCUUGGCUGUUCUUCCCUGUGUUCUGGAACUGGGAGCGGUGUCGAGCUCUCUCCCCGCUGGACUUGCUGCCGUGGGGAGGAAGAGGUGACAAAAGGCACAUGUGAGAGGAGGGCAGAAAAGCUGUGGGAUCUCUCCAAGGGCUCCCACACCCUCUCUGAAAUCAUCUGCUUCCAGUUGUGGGAUUUCUCUAGAGAUGAUUUUUGUUUUCCUGGUUUCUGUAAGCCUGAUUUUCUUCGAUCUUGUUAGUUCCAUACGAGUCUCCCCGAGACAUUCUGCAGUCAUUAUCACCUUUUUGGGUGGAGUUUUAUUUUAAUUUUUUUUUGUUUGGUUGGUUUUUUUUAAAAUAACUUUUUAACAUUGGUGCGUAUAUGCUUGGGAUAGAGCUCAUGUAAUUUUCCAAUCGUAUUGAUUGUAUGUGAUUGUGCCCUGCAGAGGUAUAUUUAACAAAAAAUAAAAUAAAGGAUAGUCUAGGUAAUAAAAAGGAGACCAUGAGGUUUGUUGAGUCAGGUUAUGAACUAUUUCUUGAAUUUAUUUAGGAUCCUGGAUAAAUGAAAUUCCCUGUCUGCUGUUCUCAUGAAUCAGUGCUGAACAAAACAUUCAUUCAGUCUCUGUUUGAACUGGGUUUUUUCUUGCUUUUCUUCUCUUUCUGCUGUUUUCUUCCUUUUCUGUUCCUCCUUCCCAUCAACAAAAAUUCUCACUCUUUUAUGGGAAUGGCUGACUGUGGGUUGAUAUUGUGAUAUUUGUUGUCUGUAACUAUCAAAACAUUCUUAAUAGGAGUAGGGAUGAAGUAGAAUGUAUGAGAAGAAUUCCAUAAAUUGAAUUCUUUGCAAGUUCAGGGGACUUUUUGAAGUCUUGUACCUACAGGCCCGGUCACAGGGGAGAUGUUCAGAGGCACAGAGGGAGUUGGUGCCUCUCUUCCAGGAAAGGUUGGGUGCUUUGCUACCUUUGGGGAAAACUUAAGAUGACAAAAGGAGUAGAAGAAAGAGUUCUCUAUAUCCAACUCCCUGUGUCUUUACUCCUGCAAUACACUUUUUAAACUUGAAAGAAAAGCCUUUUAGAUACUGUGCUGAAGUGGGGCGGGGUGGAUUGGAGGAGGCAAAAGAAUCCAGAGAUCUGAAAGUCAGUAUUUGUCUCCUUUAUUUUAUCUUCAGCCAACACUGUCAUCUUUAUGAGAGGACAAGGGAGUGGAGAGCUUUUGUGUGUGCAUGGUGGUUAUACAGAAAAAGCCAUAUGUUGAAAUGUUAUUUCUUCAGUCUUCACCUUGCUUUUCUCUCUCUUAAAGCUGUCUCAACCUCACCUUGCUCUCACACAGUGUCUGAGGGUCCUUUGAGUUGCAGAUUCAACAAAAAAAGGGUUGGAAAGGUGAUGAUUCGCCAUUUGGUUUGUAAAUAGACAAGGUCUUACCUGCUUUUCUGUCAGCAUUUAUAUUAAAUGAUAAAUUAAUGGAGAACA